AUGAAGCGAUAUUUCGAUAGCAAGAGAGAAGAUAUAAACAAGAUCUGUCGGUUAGCAAGAGGAGGCCAAGGAAGACUACGUGCUAACAAAAUACGAGACAAGAGGAACGAAGAUCGCCAUGAAGAAGGCGAAGGCGAUACUCAUAGAGAUGGAUUAGAAGAAGCAGGCGAACUGGAAAUCGUGAAUGAUGGGACGACUGGUCGACGUAAUUUCGAAGAAGACCAAGCUGAUUUCGAUGAUACUAACGUCACAUUCGAUGUCGAGAAUGAUGGCACUUCUGUUCCACGUACAAUUGAGGAAGAUCAUGACGACGACGUCAACAAUACCGCUCCAUUCGAUGCCGGUACGUUCUGCUAUUGGUUUUUCAAAAUGAAUUAUAGGAAACCAGCGGAAAAUACUCGAACUGACGGCAUUGCUGUUGAAACAUAA